AUGAUGAAGAAUCGCUGGCUGUUUGGCGUCCUCUACCUCAUUACUUUUGGAGAAUUCGAAGUUUACAAGAAGUUUGUGGACGCAAUAGUGUAUUCGAGCCAUGUUUUCGUCAUGGAACUAGCUCUCAUCUUCAUCGUCUUCCCACUGCACUUCUGGCGGUCGCCGAAACGACUGAUUCCGGAAGACCACUACAUCGUGGCAUGGGGCGUUCUUACGUCCUUCAUCUGCGUUGUGGCUGACAGGCUUUACGAGUACCGCGGGAUGCCCGGUCUCAUUGUACACGACAUGUAG